AUGGCAGUCGAGUGUUCGUUGGGAGAGUUCAGAGGAGCUGAUGGAUCUUGUUCACUGUCAGAGAAGGAUCAGAAGUCUGUUGUGAUUCUACAGGGUCCCUCAGCUAUUGGACAUGAAAACGAAAAGCUCUAUAGACACAUUGGGCACAUUAAUCUACAUUGCACAUUAUUUCAACAGGAGAAUCCUCGAAUAGGAGAUUUGUUGUUGUUGAGACUGAUCGAGAAUUGUGUGGAUCGGAACUUGUACCCAAGAACGGAGAUCUUGAUCCACUGUGAUGUGCAAGACCAGUAUAAUGCCGGAGUUGACGUCAGAUCAUUCAAUGCUACUUCUUUGUGCUUGUUAGAUGCAGCUAUCAGAAUGAACUACUUCUUUUCGGCUGUUUUGGUUAUCAAAGUUGUGGAUCAAGAACAAAAGAGGAACGAACUUGUUGUGAACCCGGAUCCAGAUCUGUUGGCAACGGCCAAGAAUGUGUUCUUGUAUGUCUUUAAGCCGUCUUUACUGGAACCGGUAUUGAUUGCUGAAACUUGUUAUGGAGGAUUCACUUUCGAAGAGAUGGGCAAGGCCAUGGAUCUGGCUAAAUCAAACGCUUUGAAGGGCUUGGACUUUGUUCGGAAAGAGAUCUCAUUGAAACUGGCCAAACACUUUUAA